AUUUGAAGCCUGUCUGACUAAAGCGAGACCACGAGGCGCCAACUACUUAGUUAACUACGUUUCUGGCGCUUGGAGGGAGCAAGCUACUGACACAGACCAUUUCGUGAAGUAGUUAGAUUUCCCAUCCUCCCCUACUUAAAACAUCCCAAGGAAUUAUCCCCGCCUUAAGAUUCCCACCCAGCACAUUAACAUCCUAAUAUAUUAAACCACAUUACCAAGUCUUUGAAGAAAAUGGCUUCCUGGGGGCGCUGCCAGCCCACCAGUUUUGAGCAAAGCAGAUGGAAGCAUCUCCACAGAAUUCUUACUCGGUCAGGCCCCUUCAGUGACGACGAUUGGGUUCCUGGACCCGAGACCAUGUCUGCUGUAGCAUCUUCAAAAGUCCUGGUGAUAGGUGCUGGAGGGCUCGGAUGUGAGAUUCUCAAGAAUUUGGCCUUAUCGGGCUUCAAAGACAUCCAUGUGAUUGACAUGGAUACAAUCGAUAUCUCCAACUUAAACCGACAAUUUCUUUUCCGCCAAGAUGAUGUCGGGAAGCCAAAGGCUGAAGUUGCAGCUGCCUUUGUCCAGAAGAGAGUAAAGGGGGUGAGAAUCACACCCUAUGUCGGAAAGAUUCAAGACAAGGAUGAGGAUUACUACAUGCAGUUCAAGAUCGUUGUCUGUGGCCUUGAUAGCAUCGAAGCGCGACGGUGGAUUAAUUCUACCCUUGUGGGAAUGGUGGACCCGGAGAACCCCGAGAGCUUGAAGCCACUUAUCGACGGUGGCACAGAGGGAUUCAAAGGGCAGGCGAGAGUGAUACUGCCAACUCUCACAUCUUGUAUCGAGUGCCAGCUUGACAUGCAUGCACCACGGCCUGCAAUCCCUUUGUGCACGAUUGCAACUAUUCCCCGCCAGCCUCAGCACUGUAUUGAAUGGGCGCACCAAAUCGCCUGGGGCGAGAAGCGCAAGGGAGAAGAGUUCGACGGCGAUGACUUGGAGCACGUCAGUUGGAUCUAUCAGACUGCGGUGGAACGUGCCAAACAGUUUUCUAUCCCAGGGGUGACAUUCUCGAUGACUCAGGGUGUCGUGAAGAAUAUCAUCCCCGCCAUAGCUUCCACAAACGCCGUGAUUGCAGCUGCAUGUACAUCUGAAGCACUCAAAAUCGCAACCUCAUGCAAUCCGUUUUUGGAGAACUACAUGAUGUACGCCGGAGAAGAGGGUGUUUACACGUAUACCUUUGCCUCGGAACAGAAACCAGAUUGUCCUGUUUGUGGGAAUUUGGCCAAGAAGAUAACCGUUAGUCCCGAAGCAACCCUCCAAGACUUUGUUGACUCGCUGGGCGACCGAGCAGAAGCCCAGCUCAAGUCUCCCAGUUUGCGAUCUGAAGAGAAGACGCUGUAUCAGCGAUUUCCGCCACAGUUAGAGGAACAGACACGGCCCAACCUGAAGCGCAAGCUGAAAGAACUAGUCGUAGAUGGGGAAGAAGUGGCUGUUAGUGACCCGGCGUUCACCAUCGAUUUCCGAUUUAAGCUUGUAUUUAAUCACUGA